AUGGAACGUCCAGAAAAGAAAAAGAGACGUGUGACAUUGAUCAGAGAUCACUCCAAAGAAUAUCUAUCAAAUUUAACAGUUGAGUUCGAUCAAUUUGGUAGAGCUAUUGGAUCUAACCGCUUUAAGUUCACCAGUUAUCGUGGAGUGACUACGAGGAAGAUGAUUUCUAUCCUGAUAGAUAGUUGGGAUUUAGUGGAUCAAUGUGACAAAGAUCAAUUGUGGUUAAACAUAAAGAAUCAUUGGCAUAUACGAGAUGAUGAUCAUAAAGCACAAGUAUUUAGAGAUUGCAACACGCAUUGGAAGGCCUACAAGUCGGAGCUUCUUAAGUUGUGGGACAAUGGUGUCAAUCCAGUAAAAAAAUACCCGUACCUUGACAAAGCAAUGUGGAAAAAUUUCCUUGUUCUAAAAUCCACGGAAGAAUUUGAGAACAUUUGGAAGGACAAAAAAGCAUUUUCUAGUGAGGAAUUGGAGGAACGUGUUAAAACAUGGAUGAGAACUUUUGGUGAUAAAGUGAAGCCUUUUUGUAAGGCAUACAAUGAAUCAACCACAAAGGGAAAAGAGAGGUUAGAGGUGACAAAGGGGAAAGAGAGGUUAGAGGUGACAAAGAGGAAAGAAAGGUGCGACAGCCAAGCAGGUCAUCAUGUCACAGAGCUUGAUAUCAGCUCCUUUGGUCUUGUAGGUGAGAUUAGCCAUUCAUUGGUUAACUUAACCUACUUGAAUCGUCUUGAUCUUUGCUACAAUCGUUUUCAUGGAACCAUUCCCACCUUCAUUGGUUCCUUGACUGAAUUAACCGACCUUUGCCUUUCCCACAACUCUUUUCAUGGAACCAUUCCCAGGUCCAUUGGUUCUUUGACCGAAUUAAGGUACCUUGACCUUUCUGAUAACUCUCUUUAUGGAAUCAUUCCUUCAGAGUUUGGAAACCUCACCAAGUUGCACAUGCUUUAUCUUCGAGAUCUUGGAAGUUGUAGACUUGAAAAUGUAGAGUGGCUAGUUCAUCUCUCUCAUGUACAACAACUUGAAAUGGAUGGGAUAUCCCUAGCCAAAGAAAAUCAUUGGGUAGAUGUUAUUCUGAGUCUCCAGAAACUAACACAUUUAAGUUUAUUGGGAUGUGAGCUCUCACACGUCAUUUUUCCUGAUUUUCUCAACAACUUGUCUGGAUGCACAUUGCGUACAUUAGCAGAGUUGGAAGCUUCUCAUAGCCAUUUUACAGGGCCACUCUCAGAUAUGAUUGAAAAAUUUUCUUCCCUAGAAAGAUUGUCCCUAUCUAGUAAUCAAUUAAAUGGCACUAUAAAUGAGAAAUUGUUUGAACUUCCCAACCUUCUUGAUAUAGAUCUUUCACAAAACUCAUUCGAAGGACGUCCUUUUCUAGAUCACAUGUCAAACCUUUCUUAUGUAGAGUAUCUUAAUGUGAGCUCUGCCAAACUAGGGCGUUGCUUCCCCAAAUGGAUUCAAACACUCAAAAAUCUUACCCGUCUGGAUAUUGCCAACACUAGAAUUUCAGACACAAUUCCUCUGGGCGGGAAAAUACCAGAUUUAUCGUCAAAUUUUGACUACAAUUCAGUGAUAGAUUUGAGAUCUAACAACUUUUCCGGUCUGAUACCAAAUGUUUCUUCCACUGUGCAAUCACUAAAUCUUUCCAAAAACAAAUUCUAUGGAGGAAUCUUUUUUUUAUGCCAAAUUAAAGAUGGCUAUUUAAGAUUUAUUGACCUCUCCGAUAACUUUCUAACCGGACAGCUUCCAGACUGCUUGUGGCAUUUCAAAGAACUAAAAAUUAUUAAUCUAGGAAACAACAAUCUAUCUGGAAGGCUUCCUCCAGCUGUUGGAUGUUUGAUCAAACUCGAGGCAUUGUAUUUAUACAAGAAAAAGUUUUCUGGAGAACUGCCUCUGUCUUUAAGGAGUUGCACGAGUUUAACCUCGUUGAAUUUGGGGGCCAAUAAGUUUUCUGGUAAUGUGCCUGAUUGGAUUGGGGAAAACUUAUGGGGGUUGUAUGUUCUUAUCCUAAGCUCAAACAACUUCUUUGGAACCAUCCCUUUACAAUUAUGUCAACUACCGAAUCUUCAUAUUCUAGACUUGUCAAGGAACCAUCUCCAUGGAACCAUCCCCUCGUGUUUGAAUAAUCUUAUGAGCAUGGUUCAAGGAGGAUUCUCAGCUACACAAAUCGGACAUUUUUUCUAUUCAAUUUCACAUUUUUGGCAUGGUUCAACAAGUUAUUUUGACCAUGCAGUGAUUGAGUGGCAAGGAGUUGAACGUGAAUUCAUCAGAUUUAAUCUGGGAUUGUUGAAGACCAUUGACCUGUCACGCAACAACUUGACAGGAACAAUCCCUCUUGAACUGACCAGGCUUCUUGAACUGGUUGCACUGAACUUAUCAAAGAAUACUCUACUUGGAGAGAUUCCAUGGAAAAUUGGUCAGAUGGGAAACCUUUCAGUUUUGGAUUUAUCUAGAAACAAUUUGUCAGGAGGGAUUCCAUCAAGCGUGUCUCAAAUGAAUUAUUUGGAUUACCUGGACGUGUCGUAUAAUAACUUGUCAGGGAGAAUCCCAACUAGUACACAACUCCAGUCCUUUGAACCAUCAAGAUACGAUGGAAAUCCAGGACUAUGUGGACCUCCCAUUAACAAGAAAUGUCAUGGAGAUGAAGAACUUGAAGAACCACCUGUUGUUGUUGGUAGAAAUGAGGGAGAUGCGGAAGGUGUUGAUGAAGUUUGGGGAUGGUUCUAUAUUGGUGUAGGGACUGGUUUUGUUACUGGAUUUUGGAUAGUAUGUGGUGUCUUACUUCUCAACCAUCGAGGGAGACAUGCUUUUUCUACGUUCUUUGAUGGCUUCAAAGAUUGGGUUUAUGUGAAGGUGGUUGUAUUUGUUGCAAAUUUGCAGAAGGUUAGACAGACAUAG